AUGGAGAAAAGGUAUGGCUGGCCAAGAGGGGGCUAUCUGAAACGGAUCAAUUGGGAGUUCGAGCUGUCGGCCGAAGUGAGGCAAGCAAUCGAUCAUUCAAGAGCGAACAUUAUCUCUUCUAUCUCAUUUGAGCGGGAUUGUUUAUCAUCGCGAAUCUGGGCACCUGGAAUCAAAGGUCUUGUCCGGAUAGCUCUAGGUAUUUUCCAACCACAACAACUGGACCAAAAGAUGGCUCAUGGUGGGAAAAUAGCCCCUGCGGAUUCAUUAUCCGAAAGCAACCGCGCUCCCCGACAAUAUGACAUUGACUAUCUUGUGCAUAGCCCCGAACAAAAGCGAGCGAGGCAGCAAGCGGACGGGACGACCGCAAUCCCUGCGGUGGAGGAUAUUGACGAUGCCGGCAAUAGAUCGAGGGGGGUUGGGAAUGGUGCUCGUUGCGAGAUAAAUCAGAUGAUGAAGCAGUAUACUACCUACAUAACUGCACACUUAGAUGGUGGUGGUGGUGGUGGUGACGAUGAUGAUGGAUCAUUAUGA